AUGGCUUCGAAUUCGUCGUUAGCUGAUUGCUGCCGUACGCCAACGGCACCCUCGUCAUCAUGGACGGCGUCGUCCGAUUCACCAAAUCACCCCUACCAAAUCGACGACUUCAUCCAGCGGAGCAUCGUUGCAGUCUUGCUAUCACUUAUAUCUAUCAUAGGCCUUGGUGGAAAUGCUCUUGUCCUUUGGUCCGUGCUUCUUUCUCGUAAGUUGCAGACCCAGACGAACGUCUUCGUGGUCAAUCUAUGUGUCGCCGAUUUCUUGACGUGUCUCUCUUUACCCUUCCAGGCAGCUGCGGCAGUGGUUGAUGACAAAAGAAAUAUGUUCUUGUUUUCUAAUGGCUUCUGUGCUCUGGUGACGAUGCUUCAAAUCAACAGUGUCGGUUGUAGCAUUCUGACUUUGACUCUGAUAGCUUUCAACCGUUUCUUGCUGAUCACCAGAUCAAAGGCCACCUGCAGACGGAUCUUCUCGCCGGGUGUUCUCGUCAUCGCGUUGUCCAUGACGUGGUUGAUCCCAGCCGCAGAGUUUGGUAUACCCGUCAUCGCGGGCUUCAUCGACCUGAGCUACUACCCUCGAUUCCGCGUUUGUGCUUGGAAGGAGACUUAUCCCCUUUCAAAAUUUUUGAUAGGCUCUACCUUGGUGGUUGCACUCUCCGUCACCCUGGUUUGUUACGUCAAGACAUAUCUCUUCGUCAGACGACACGCUCGAUCUGUGGAAAAUUUAACACCGGCAGAAUCGCGCCAAAAUGUCAAUCAUAGUCAUGCCAGUUUGGCAGAGAUGUCCGAGAAAGAAAAUCUCGAACGGCGCUAUCCUAAUUUUGACCUCGUACCCCAAACACCAAAAGCGAGGAACUCUAAACAAAACGAAGUCAACAAGAGUAUUGUUAUUGAAAGCAUUUCUUACCAGGAACAUGGGAUGCAAAGCACGAAACAAUCAACGCAAUGUGGGUCAAGAAAUCAACAGGAAAAUGCUGACGAUGUCGGGAAUACCAGGCUCGACAUCGAAAAUACACGCAUCGUCAAUGAUAAAUCGAGGAUGAAAUCCAAAUCGAGUUCUCGAAACAUGGAAGCAGAGAUCAGCAAGAACCUCUUCUUGGUCGUGUGCGCUGUCGUCGUCAGCAUCGUUCCAUUCGUCAUUUGUUUGUCGCUGUCGUCCUGCCAGGAACCUUUCAUCUACACCGUGGUCAUCAUCUGUAUGGGAAGUUGUGUUAACCCAAUCAUCUACGGGUUCAGGCAUCCUCAUUUCAGACCGGUAUUUGCCUCCAUCCUCUCUUGUCGGCUGGCAGACAUCCCACAGCCUUCGGCGUUGGCGCGAAAAAUCCUGAACAGACGUUGA